UUCUAGGUUAGUUCAUAUUAGAUAUGUUAGUGUUUGCACGGUUUGCACAAUAAACAAAACGCUGUUGGGAACACGACUUUUCAACUGACAAGUGUUUUAUUAAUAGAAAAAUUAGGAACGAAAAUUGCAAAAUGAUCAGACAGAAAACCUAGACAGCAAUUAGGUGCUGGAAAAGCUUUGUUUUUUAAAGUUGCAAACGAGUGUUUAAUACAGAGUUCUUGAUUGACAGAAAAUGACAGACGACGGGAAGAAAGUUUCAUUUGGUUUUUCGAAAUCAAUUAAAAAAUCAACAUUAAAAAUUCAACCACCUGUGGAAGAAAAAAAAGUUGAAUAUAUCGAGUAUGUUGAUGAAGAAUCAAUUAAAAUCGUCGGCAAAGAGGAAAAAGCAGAUGGUCCUCUGGUCAUCCCUCUCUUGGGCUCCAAAACUUGGCAUGAUAGAAUAUUGAACAAAACGGAUGCAGAUAUUUUUGAAACCAGAGCUAAAAACAAACAAAAUGGAAAUACAAUGCCAAUUGUAAACGGUAAUGUACGUAUCAAUGAGGAUGAUACGUUACCUAUGGAUGUGUCCAAAAUAAAGAAGGAAGAACCAGAAGAAACAGAUAAGAUACCCACAAGUUUAGAGGAACAAGCCGCAAAUGAAAUAAUAGCAGAUCUUCAUGGUAAAGAUGUCAAAGUAGAAGAUCCAAAUUUGACAGUUCCUGCAGCUGAAAACGGAGCUCUGGAAGGCACCAAAGAGUCAACUCUUGAGGACUACGAAGAAAUUCCUAUUGAUGCUUUUGGCCUGGCGAUGCUUCGUGGAAUGGGCUGGAAACCUGAAGAAGGAAUCGGUAAAAAUGCAAAGCUCGUUACUGCAUCUUUACCAGAACUGAGGCCAAGAGGUAUGGGCUUGGGUGCCGACAAAGUGACACUGCAGAAACAAAAAGCUUCUGCACGAAGUAAAGAAGAGGAGAAAUUAAAAGUUGAAAAAGGAUCUUUUGUAAAAAUAAUAGCUGGUAAAUUCAAAAAUAAUUAUGGUCAAAUCGUGUGUUUCGACGAUGAAGCUGGCAGACUAAUGGUAAAAAUGGCUCUCACCGGCGAGAAUCAAUCCUUAAACGAGUGUUUCGUUCAACCGGUUACACAAUCUGAUUACACAAAAAAUUCCAAGGUGUUAAAUGCCGCAAAAUAUGAGGAGUUCAAAACCAGAGAAUCGAAUAAGGAUGGUGCGAGACUUGCAACCAGCGACAGUGAAACAUCGGAUGAAAAGGAUAGGAGAAAAAGGAGUGGGAGGGGUGGAGGAAAGGAUUCCAAAUCCAUGAAAAAUACGAAGAAACGUUCGAGUUACACGUCGGAUGAGAGUUCGGAUUCGGAUCGAAGGUCGCGAAAACGACGAAGAAAUUCGAGUGAAAGCAAUGAAGACCGUGGGCACGGAAGAGUCAAAAAAUCGAAAAAGAGCCGCAAAAGGGACACUUCGUCGGAGCGUUCGAAAAAAAGUAGCAAAAGAAAGAAAAAUAAGGAAAGAGAGAAAACGCGCGAUCGGAAAAACUACAGUUCCGAAUCGACCGAUCACAAAAAACACAAAAAACACAAAAGAUCCCGUUCACGAUCGUCCGCACGAAGAUGACUUUAAAUAAUCGUCGGGAAACAUUUUCCCUCAAUUCUUCCAUGUCUCAAUGGAUUUGUACAAUGACGCGCUUGAGAGCGAUUAACUCUACUUUUUUGUCAAUAAAUCUUAUUUUUGUGCA